UCGACCCGUCUUCUUUACCGACUCGACUUCUGAAGGGCGAAAUACCUCAAAGGUCUCUCUCUUCAAGCGCCUGUCUUUGAACGGAGAAACGGUUUCCAUGGCGAGCAACGACGAUACGGUCACGGUCACGGCGGAGAACGGCGGAGAAUUUUCCUCCGGUGGAAACCCUAAGAAGAUGGUGGAUCUCAAUUCGGCGGAAUCAGAUCUUGUCGAGGACGCUUCCGUCACCGAGGCCGUAGCGGUAUCAGCAUCGGGAGGUGAAAAGAAGGACGGAGAUGUGGCGAAGGUUUGCGAAGCCUUGGCUGGCGCAAGUUCCGGGGAUAAAUCCCCCGUCAAUAAUAUCCAGAAGAAGAUCCGACGUGCUGAGAGGUUCGGUUUGCCUGUGCAGCUUACGGAGGAAGAGAAACGGAAUUCUCGCGCAGAGAGAUUUGGAACCGCAACUGUUGUGAAUGACUCAGAGCCAUCGAAGAAAGCUGAGGAGCUGAAGCGAAAAGCUAGGGCUGAGAGGUUUGGGCUUCCUGUAUCGUCUGCACCCUCUGUUGGAGCAGCAAAGAAGAAAGCUAGGAUGGCCAGAUUUGGAGCAGAUACCAAAACUGAUUCUGCUGAAGAAGAGAAACGUAAAGCUAGAGCAUUAAGGUUUUCUAAACCUUUAUCAAACUCAUCUUCAGAUGCAUCUGGGAAGCCAAAUAUUGGCAAUGAGGCAGCUGUAUCAGGAAAUGCUGCUUGAGGUGCCUGAAUAAAGUUUCUUUUUUUUUUGGGUAGUUAGGUAGCGUAAUAACAUAUCGUGGUUCCCUCUCUGGCUGCUUCAUCCUCAUCUCAUUUCUGACGUAGAAGCUCCUGCAAGUAGUAAUGUCCAUAUUAAAGGUUAAAUCAUGCCAUGGAGCAAUCUGGAGGUGAUUCUCUCAAGUUGGCUGAGGUUACGUUAUCACCAGAUGAGAUUUUGGGGAAUCAACAAGUUCCUUUUAGUUCUAAUAGUCUAAGAAAAGCAAUUAGUAAUGGGUCUAGGAAUUCUGAAGCAGCAGCAAUUCAAAUCAUAUACCUCAACGUUUCCAUGUUGAUGCAGGUGCUUGAAGGUGGUAAGUUUGAGCUGGUAACUGCUACAUUUGUCUCAUUGUCAUGUCAUCCGUUCAUGUCAUCGGUCAUAUUCGUGCAUUUUUAGUAAUAGAUAAUUGUGUGUGCAUUCGGUAUUUGCAAAGUUGCAGGAGAAAAUCAACCAAAGAAUUGAAAAUACGGUAGAACGGAAUCUUAUGGUACCCAUAGUUAGCUUGUUGAGCUAUUUACGAGCAGAAAUUGUUGAUGUCGUCAGGGUUUGUUUCCCUUUGUCUUCGAAAUGUGUUCUAUAAAGCCAUGCUAAGAGAUCCCACGUGCUUGUUCACAAAAAUUGCAUGUGCAUUAGAGGUCACAAGCUGCUGCUGCUGCUUCAGAAUUCCAAUGUUGUUUCUUAGACAAAUCAUAUUAGCAAUGAAAGGGGUUUACUUGUUGAUUUCCUUCUCUCUGGUGCCGUCGUCCGUUGGGGGGAGAGACGGAGCUCCAGUGGCGUGGGAGACUUUUAUUGGCUCUUAGCUAUAAGCGAAGGGUUCUCAAUGUUCUUGAAAGACUCUUGUAUCGGAUUGUGGCCGGAUGGGGGAACGUAACAUUUAGUUUUAUUUGUAGUUUCGUUAUAAUUGUUCAUUACGACUACAUCUUCAUCCUCAUUCCUUAUGAUAUGGGGCUUUUUUUCA